UUAGUGAUUUUAUUAAACUGUGUAACGUUAGCCAUGUACAAUCCAUUUGACAAGACCUGCGCUACAAAGAAAUGUCAAAUUCUUGAGAUUCUAGAGACUGCUAUCUACGCCUUUUUUGUGGUGGAGAUGUUGAUAAAAUGGAUGGCUAUGGGAUUUUUUGGUGAUUUAGGAUACUUCAAAGACUCUUGGAAUAAACUGGAUUGUUUCAUUGUUCUUGCAGGAACAUUUGAACUUGCCUACGGUGAAGGAAAAUAUUUGAGUGCUGUCAGAUCAGUUCGUGUCUUGAGACCAUUAAGAGCAAUAAAUCGAGUUCCAAGUAAGCUAUGAAGAAUUA